AGACCCCUGCUAGCAGAAGAAGCGAGAAGGCAAGCCAACUCGUAUCUACGAGUUUCUUUGCUCACAUUUGAGAACCCAGGCAAAAAAGCAUUUUCUGGUUUUCUGUUUAGUUCGUUAGUUGUCUCAUUGAUACAACUGCGCUUGGUAGUUUGUUUUAUCGUCGCUGGUUUGCUUUCGUCGCCGUCGCCGAUACAGAUACCUUACCUACAGAUACAAGAUAGAUACUUUUGUGAUUGAAAUUUAAAAAAAAAUUGCAAUCUGCGGGCUUCAAAUUUAUGACUUCAAUCCAUCCACCAAUCUUUCGGUUACCUUUCAAUCUCGAGUGACAGAUUUGCAUCUCUCUGGACCGUUUGUGUGAUUGAAGUUUCAAAUAUACUUAUCUUUCAUCGAAAUAAAUCAAAACUUUUUGGCACAUUCAAAAAAGAAUCAAAAAUCAUAAUAAUAAAAUCCAAUUAACACCGAGACAAUAGAUGAAAAGGCUAAUGUGCAGACUCUUUGUGCGUUGCGUCCGAUAAUUUGACGGAUUACCAGACUCGUUGAUCCUUUUUUACCUUGUUGUCAAAAUCGAACACAAAGGCUUUCCCUUUGUUGUUGAAAUUCGUGUUGGCUAAUGGAAAGUGGCAGCCUCAGCGGAGGUCUGUAACAUAUAUCUACUUCUACAGAAUCGUAUAGAGGCCCUAUGCUGUACCCUGAGCUGUGGAUUUGUGAUUUUUUUUGCGUGCCUAUUUUUGUGUUGUCAAUCAUUUUUUGACUUAUAACGAGACGACAUACGAUUGAGUAACGGGAGUGCUAUAAGUACAUACAUACGCAUAACAAUAUUUUUCCGUAUUCAUAUCCAAAUGCAGAAAACAUCAUCUCUGUUAAGUGAAUUGAAAACUUGAGACGAAACACAAAAAGAAGAAUUUUAUCGUUUUCAUUAUUAUUGGAAAAAGUGACAAAUCCAUUAAAAAGAUUCAAAACAAAAAUAUCAAUACCAAUAGGUUACCUAGCAGGAACAUACAAAUAAAACAAAAACAAAACAUAAAAGAUGCUGACUGAUAUGACGCCGACGGCUGGCCAACUCUACGGAUCCCAGAUCCCGGCAAUGGGAAUGAAUAUCUCUAACAUAGCAUCGCAUCUUCAGAAACCACAAGUUAAUCCGGAUCAUCCAGGCUUGCGGGGAACACCUUUAGCCAUGUUAGCUGCCCAGUGCAACAAACUGUCAAAUAAAUCGCCACCACCAUUGGCUGAUGCUGCCGUUGGAAAAGGAUUUCAUCCAUGGAAAAAGAGCCCAACGUCAUCAUCGGGCGGGGGAGGAAACACACCAGGAAUCGGUACUGGCCAGCACUCACCAUGCAGUAUCUCUACAUCACCAACAGUGACGUCAAGCAUAGGAACAUCUGUAGCUAGAAGUCUCCCGUCCAGCACAAUAAACACAAUGGUCAAUAUUACUGCCAGCCUUUAUCCUUAUAGUCGACCGAUAACAUCGUCCUGUUCAGCAGUCACCAACCCUUCGUACGGUAGUGAUUUGUACUUUCCAAGUGCUACCACUUCUCCCAGUGUAGCGGACAAUCAUCAUAUGCAUCAAGGACUACUUGGCAAGGUUGAGAGCACUACUUUUGGUUCCGUUUAUUCUAGGCAUCCAUAUGAUUGGCCAUUUAAUGCGGUCAGCGCAUCACACAAAGCCGCUACCGAGGGUGUCAAUUCAGGCUGGUGGGACAUGCAUAGUGCAGCCGGCAGUUGGUUGGAUAUGGGUGGCGCUGGCAUGCAUUCCACCAUGGCAAAUUAUGCAACCGCAGGUUCUGACUACUCGUCGUUGACACAUUCGCUUUCUAAUACUGCACAUCUCUUGGGAUCUGGUCAGCACUUGUUGCAGGACACAUACAAAAGCAUGCUGCCUGGGCAGGGAGUUGGUGGUUUCACUCUACCUCAUUCAUCACCAGCCACUGCUUCCGGCCAGGCAGCAACUCCAUCGACACCCUCUCCUCGCUCACAACGAAGAUAUGCGGGACGCGCCACAUGUGAUUGUCCCAACUGCCAGGAAGCAGAACGCUUGGGUCCCGCUGGCGUCCACCUACGCAAGAAAAACAUCCAUUCAUGUCAUAUUCCUGGAUGUGGCAAAGUCUACGGAAAAACUAGUCACUUAAAAGCCCACCUCAGGUGGCAUACUGGCGAAAGGCCAUUCGUCUGCAAUUGGCUAUUCUGUGGCAAGAGAUUCACGAGGUCCGAUGAGCUGCAACGUCAUCUUCGCACACAUACAGGUGAGAAACGAUUUGCUUGUCCCGUGUGCAACAAACGGUUUAUGCGUAGCGAUCAUCUCGCAAAGCAUGUUAAGACACACAACGGUCCGAAUAAUAACAUAAAGAAAGGCUCUUCAGAAUCCUGUAGUGACUCUGAGGAAACUAACCAAUCCGAAGUAAUGCAUCAUAGCAGUCAUCCAGGCACCCCUACCCAUCAGACGAUGAACACCGGAAUGCAGCAUCACAUGGGUGGAUCACCAGUUAUGCAGCAGCACCCAUCCCAGCACCAUCACCAUGCACCAAGUCCCAGCAUGGAUCAUCACAAUCAGAUGGAUGUGAAGCCACCACCCCCCAUGGCUUGAGGUUCAAUUGGACCCUUCAUCUUUGCUUCAAACCAAAGUAGUGGAGUAGGGUCCUUUUAGAGUGGCUUUUUUCGAAUGCCAGAUCCUUAUUUAAGUAUAAAAAUCACAAAUCGUUAUUAUCCCCAUCCCAAAAUCACAUAUUACAAAAAUGCAGGGUAUUUAAAAAAUGAAAAGAUAAACGUCACAAAAAUAGAUACAUGUAUGUAUCUGUCCGCCUAUGUAUAUAUUUAAGUAAAGUAAAAUAAUAUAAAUGUCAAUAUCGUUUAGCUAAACCAAAAUUUUCUAUUAAAUUUUCUUUAUCGGUUUUAAUUAUUGUAAAUAAUAUAAAGCAAAAGCAUUGUAAAAUAAAUAUCUAUUUAAACAAAGGCUCUGUUCUUAAAUAAUCUCAACAAAUAAAAAUUAAAUUAACUUUAAAUGUAGCUAUAUUUUAUUAUUUAAAAUUUAAAUUAAAAACAAAUAUCCUUGUGUAAAUAAAUAAAAUUUAAAAUCAUCAAUAAACAACACAAAGCUAAUAAUAAUAAUAAAUAGGUACUUGAAAAAAUAAAAACAAAAUCUAGACCACUAAAAUUAUAAUACUUAAUAUUAUUUAUUUAGUAGCGUUUGAUCAUAUUUAAGUACAACAAAAAGAUUGCGAAAUAUUGUAUCUCGAAUGAACUGCAUUCGGAUUUUUUUUAGCUGAUGUUUGUUAAAAAGAAAUAAAAGAUUAAAUGUUGAUCUAAUAAAAUAAAAAAAAAUAAAAACAAA